CAUCUAAUAUUCAUUUAGUAGACGAGUUUAGUUGUUAUUCGACAACAAAUACGGUUACACUUGGCAGGAGAUAGACAGACAAGUGAGCAAGAGAGAGAAACAGAGUGAGAACUCGUCGUUAGUACCAUCGCCGCCAAAGCCAAAGUGACCAGUUGACGUUAUAAACUUGGUGAUAAUACAGUGUGUGUUCAUGUUCGAUGUACCUACUCGAAGUAUUUACGAUUAUAUAGUGUAAUUACGGGCUUUUUAUCGUGUUCUCGAGUGUACUUUUACAUUUUGUUACAGUGAAUAUUGUUGUAUAGUUAUUAUUAAAUAGUGUUUUAUUACGAAUGUUGUGCUGAUAAAUCUCGUAUGUCUAUGGGCUGUGAAUAGGAUUAGAAAUUGAUCGCGAAUCCGAAGGUACUUGUCAUUAUGAUUUGGUUACAAGCACGUUCGCCACGUUUACGUUCAAAAUGACAACUCGGCCAGCAAACUGUUGAAAUAAACGAUAAGAUUGAUAGAUAAAUCUAUGGAUAUGAUACUAUGUAUCGGAAAUGACAGUAUUUUGGGGGAAUCUCAUGCUUCCAAUACCAAUAUCGCAGCUCAAAUCGUUCUCGUCGGCUGCCAAAGAAGGAUCUAUGCCUCCUGUGCAACUGGAACCAGUUGACCUGAGCCGUAAACCUGGCACCGAAUUAUCAAAUACGGUACCUGUACCUGAUAGAAUCCACGUUAAACCGACCAGCACCAAGACCAAAAAAUCGAUUAUUAUACCACAAUUAACCAAUCAGAAAAGUGAUACGAUACCAACGAAAUCCAAAAUGUUACCUGUUCAUAGUGUAAACGAAUCAUCCUCUUUAGAAUUUCUAAAAGAAUUAAACGUUAUGGAAAAAUCAACGUCGAUAAUGCAAAUUAAAAAUCAAAUCGGCGAUAUUAUGAAAAUGAGAAAAAGUCAUAAAUGUGAUCAACCAGGAUGUGAUAAGAUUUACACGAAAAGUUCCCAUUUGAAAGCACACAAAAGAACUCACACAGGUGAAAAACCUUACAAAUGUAAUUGGUCCGGUUGUAUGUGGAAAUUCGCCAGAUCAGACGAGUUAACGAGACAUUACCGAAAACACACUGGAAUAAAACCAUUCAAAUGUCAUUUAUGUCAAAGAUCAUUUUCUCGAUCAGAUCACCUAUCUUUACACAUGAGACGGCAUUGAUAACGGUAUUGACUGAAAGAAGCCUUUGCCAGACAAAAACCGAUAUAUGGUUGGUUCUUAUUUAUAAACUAUUAUCGAGUAUGAAAAUACUAGAGUAUAAUGAAUUGUGCAUUGCAUUUGUCAAAACAUGACAAUUUAAUUUAUAAGUAAUUACAAAAGGCCAGUGAAUUGUUCCUAAAAAAAUUACGACGUCGUAGGUACCUACCCAAUUAUGUACGAGCAACCACAGAGCUGCUAUUGUUUAUUUUCUAUACAGAAUAUAACUACUGAUCUAGUAUUAUUAUUCUUAUUGUUAUACUGUGUAUGUUGUUAUUGUUCGCAAAACUUUUAAUAUUCUUCCUGAAUUCAUUGUGUAUUAUAUUGUGUAGUAUAUUCAAAAUAUAUCUACGGUUCUUUUCUUU